AUGUGUUUUUAUAACAAUGUUGAAAGAUCUUGGUACACGCACAAAAGAAUAACUAUUACUGAAACAUUCAGUAGUAACCCCAAACAGAGGCUAUCUACCAAAACAGAUGACACAACAGAUUAUGCUCCAACAACACAUUAUGCUCCAGCAACAGAUUAUGCUCCAGCAACAGAUUAUGCUCCAACAACAGGUUAUGCUCCAACAACAGAUUAUGCUCCAACAACAGGUUAUGCUCCACCAACAGAUUAUGCUCCAACAACAGGUUAUGCUCGAACAACAGAUUAUGCUCCUACAACAGAUUACUCACGAACAACAGAUUAUGCUCAAACAACAACAGAUUAUGCUCAAACAUCAACAGAUUAUGCUCAAACAACAAUAGAUUAUGCUCCAACAACAGAUUAUGCUCCAACAAUAGAUUAUGCUCCAACAACAGAUUAUGCUCCAACAACAGAUUAUGCUUUAACAGAUUAUGCUCCAACAAUAGAUUAUGCUUCAACAACAGAUUAUGCUCCAACAACAGAUUAUGCUUCAACAAUAGAUUAUGCUCCAACAAAAGAUUACGCUAUGAUCUGA